AUGUGGUUAGUUGCGAAAAACAGUUCCCUGCUGUUGCCUGAUCUGACGCUGAUCAUUUUGCAUAUUGCCUUAAGAAAUUUAAGGGUGUUGGGGUCCAUCGGGCCAAGAACCUCGAUGCAUAUUGGCAAGAAUUCCAUCGAGGGGAGGGCGUUCCCAUAUUUUUUUCAUUUCCUCGUCCACUGCCCUGGCCGCGGCCAAACCGCAUUCUUUACUUGUCAGGUUUACGUAUCGUUCGGCGAGGGUGCCAGGGACCGUAACAUCCCACGCCAAACAUCUGCCGGCUUUCCAAGGUAUUACCAUCAUGCGCAGAAAUGCCGGAUGGGCGGUGCGCAGGGCUCCGUCAAAUUCGCCCAAUUUAGAAGGGUCAAUGUGUUUAGAUGUACGCAGGAAGUACAUCAAUUUGGGCAAACUGAGGGCAUUGCGGAUAAUAGUCAAGGCAUCAUGGGCCGAAAGACAAGAAACACGACCCAGGGCAAAUUUAAGCUCUGA